GGGCUGUGAGCCAGAGCAACGUGGGGCAGGGAGGGUGGAGGAGGGUAGAGGGGGCAGGCGGAGAACGGCUACCCGAACGCCACCCGUCCACACGCGGCUCUGCGCCGAGGGCCAAAGCGCAUGCUACGUCGCCCGAGCGGUCCAAUUGCCUUUACACCUCCGCCCUCUUGGGGAUCAGUGCGCAUGUGCGGCCAUUCAGGGUCCGCAGCUCUUUCACUACGGGGCACUGGUGGGCUACUGCGCAGGAACAACCAAGCACGAAGAAUCGUUUAGAAAAAAAAAAAAAAAAACACCCUCCCCUGGAGUGCUCAGGCCCAGCUGCACGCGGGCUGACAAACAUCGAGUCUAGAACUCUCCCACCCGGCCCCGGGCCCAGUGCGCAUGCGCAGCCGCGCGCCUUCGGCCCACCGUACUACUUCUGCGCCUGCGCGACCGUGAUUCCCCGCUCGCGACUCCCCACCCCCCAGGGCUCGCUAAAGAGGGCCACGAGCUGCGAAAGGGCGGGAAAGGCAGUUGGAGAAGGAGAGGUAAGCGGUUACUCACUCCAUGGCUGCAGCAAGGAGAGGCGGCGGCGGCCUCGGCUGAAGAAAGAAGGUGGGAGCGGAGAGCGCAGGCGUGAAAUCUUCCCAAGGCUGCAGACGCCGACGGAUUUGCUUUGGGAGCCAGAGUAGCUGCCGCCACCAGAGUCCGGAGCCAUGAGCGGGUUUAAUUUUGGAGGCACUGGGGCCCCUACAGGCGGGUUCACGUUUGGCACUGCAAAGACGGCAACAACCACACCUGCUACAGGGUUUUCUUUCUCCACCUCUGGCACUGGAGGGUUUAAUUUUGGGGCUCCCUUCCAACCAGCCACAAGUACCCCUUCCACCGGCCUGUUCUCACUCACCACCCAGACUCCGGCCACACAGACGACAGGCUUCACUUUUGGAACAGCGACUCUUGCUUCAGGGGGAACUGGAUUUUCUUUGGGGAUCGGUGCUUCAAAGCUCAACUUGAGCAACACAGCUGCCACCCCAGCCAUGGCAAACCCCAGCGGCUUUGGGCUGGGCAGCAGCAACCUCACUAAUGCUAUAUCGAGCACCGUCACCUCCAGCCAGGGCACAGCACCCACCGGCUUUGUGUUUGGCCCCUCCACCACCUCUGUGGCUCCAGCUACCACGUCUGGAGGCUUCUCAUUCACUGGUGGAAGCACGGCCCAACCCUCCGGUUUCAACAUUGGCUCAGCAGGGAAUUCAGCCCAGCCCACGGCACCUGCCGCGUUGCCCUUCACUCCGGCCACGCCAGCAGCCACCACAGCAGGUGCCACACAGCCAGCUGCUCCCACACCCACAGCCACCACCACCAGUACUGGGCCCAGCCUCUUUGCGUCAAUAGCAACUGCUCCAACUUCAUCUGCCACCACUGGACUCUCCCUCUGUACCCCUGUGACCACAGCGGGUGCCCCCACUGCUGGGACACAGGGCUUCAGCUUAAAGGCACCUGGAGCAGCUUCCGGCACCUCCACAACAACAUCCACCGCUGCCGCUGCCGCCGCCACCGCCACCGCCACCACCACCAGCAGCAGCAGCAGCACCACCAGCUUUGCCUUGAAUUUAAAACCACUGGCGCCAGCCGGGAUCCCCAGCAAUACAGCAGCCGCCGUGACCGCUCCACCUGGCCCUGGCGCAGCUGCAGGGGCGGCUGCCAGCUCCGCCAUGACCUACGCGCAGCUGGAGAGCCUGAUCAACAAAUGGAGCCUGGAGCUAGAGGACCAGGAGCGGCACUUCCUCCAGCAGGCCACCCAGGUCAACGCCUGGGACCGCACGCUGAUCGAGAAUGGAGAGAAGAUCACCAGCCUGCACCGCGAGGUGGAGAAGGUUAAGCUGGACCAGAAGAGGCUGGACCAGGAGCUCGACUUCAUCCUGUCCCAGCAGAAGGAGCUGGAAGACCUGCUGAGCCCACUGGAAGAGUUGGUCAAGGAGCAGAGUGGGACCAUCUACCUGCAGCACGCGGAUGAGGAGCGUGAGAAAACCUACAAGCUGGCUGAGAACAUCGACGCACAGCUCAAGCGCAUGGCCCAGGAUCUCAAGGACAUCAUCGAGCACCUGAACACGUCCGGGGCCCCCGCCGACACCAGUGACCCACUGCAGCAGAUCUGCAAGAUCCUCAACGCGCACAUGGACUCACUGCAGUGGAUCGACCAGAACUCGGCCCUGCUGCAGAGGAAGGUGGAGGAGGUGACCAAGGUGUGCGAGGGCCGGCGCAAGGAGCAGGAGCGCAGCUUCCGGAUCACCUUUGACUGAGCGACAGCAGCCCUGGGGCCCACAGGUCCCUAGGGAGUUCAUGAGGGGAAUGCGCCCUGUUGUCUGUAGUUUGGGGUUGUGGCAAGAUACUUGUUUGUUUGUUUCUUUCUUUCACAUGACUGCCCUUGACAUGAUCGCUGUGUGCUUUGCGUUUUUCCAUUUAGGAGGGUAUUCUGGGCCUUCUGCCCAGGCAGCAGCCUCAUGGGUGUGGCUUCUGUGGCUUUCAUUUGAGUGUCUUUGGCCCCUUUUCACCUACUGCGACCACCCACCUCAUCCUGGCUCAGCCUGGUGAUGGAGAAGUGCUGAUGGUCUUGGUCCCAGCCAGGGUCGUGGGGGCAGCCACUCUCUCCAAAGCAUAGUCAUAGGUGUCAUGAAAAAAUACCAAAUGUAAGAGAACCUCCAAGUCAGGGCGCAGUGGCUCACCCCUGUAAUCUCAGCACUUUGGGUGGCCAAGGCGGGCAGAUCACUUGAGGUCAGGAGUUCGAGACCAGCCUGGCCAACAUGGUGAAACCCCGUCUCUACUAAAAAUACAAAAAUUAGUCAGGUGUGGUGGACGCCUGUGAUCUCAAUCUCAGCUACUCGGGAGGCUGAGGCAGGAGAAUCACUUGAACCCAGGAGGUGUUGCAGUGAACCAAGAUCACACCACUGCACUCCAGCCUAGGCAACAGAGACUCCGUCUCAAAAAAAAAAAAAAAAAAAAGAAACUCCCAGGAGACAGUAGCCUAGUUUUCGAGUGUGAGCUUGUGCUUGUGAAAGCUAACCAUGCUAACCACCAAGGCAAGGCAAAGCAGCACAGUGUGAAUAGAACAGAGCGGGAUCGAGAAUUUCACAGAAGACAGGUCAGCUGAGGGGCCUGCACACACAGGGUGUUGAGGAACCACAGACGGGCGCCGAGAGGCCUGCCUUUUGCCUGGCCCAGGCUCACCCCCACCUUGGGCCUCACCUCCUCCAGGAAGCCUUCCCAGCUACCUGAAGCUCAGGUGGCCUUCUUGCAGGUCCCCGUAGCACCCUGAGCCUGUACCUUGGGUGGCACUUGCUAUGCUAUCCUGUGCUAGCCGUUUGUGCCUCGUCUCGCUGUUAGAUUGUGAGUUCCCAUGGGCAGAGACCCACUGUCGUUCCCCGUGUGUCCCCAGCCCGGUCCCUGUCACAUUUGUUAAAUGAAAGAACAAUGAAGCCCAGUAUAAUGUCAGUCCACAGAAAUAGCCACAGCUUCCAGUGGUGGCCGUAGACUUGGCUCGGAACUUAGUGGCACCAGAGUAACUCUAGUCAGUUACAGUAAAAUCCACUGUGUGUGGAAGGCAGAAGCCAGCGGUUGUAUCCCAAGCAUCUUUUGUAUUUGUCUUUAUACUUUGCUGAAUUCUCUGAAAUACCUAUUACUGUAUGUUGCUUUUCUAAAUAAAUGUAUUGUGAAACCAAAA